AUGAACAACGAACAAUUCCGCAGGCUCCUGCUGGCCAACUCGGCCAAAUCGAAAGCCGACAAAAAUGGCCCCUCCCCGAUUGCCGACCGUCCAUCCUCGAACACUCCUGCCGCACUCGGAUCGAGGCUCAAGUCGAGCAUUCCCAUGACACCCCGCUCCGUCGCCGGCGCUCGCGUAGACUUUGCCAAACAGCUCGCAGAACGGAAUCAAGUGCCAGAAAAGUCACAGAAGAAGUUCAGGUCUUUUGCGCCCAAGGGUAGCAGGUUCGCUGAAGGAUAUGUCGACCGCUCCAGGACACGGGAAGAGGAGGAAGAUGAACGGGCCAAGAGGCUCAAGGCUUUGGAAGAGUCGCUCAAGAAGGAGGAGAUUGACCGCGAGACAUACGACCGUCUACGAAGCGAGAUAGCGGGUGGCGACCUGUCGAGCACCCACCUGGUGAAAGGGCUGGAUUUUAAGCUACUCGAGAGGAUACGAAGGGGAGAGGAUGUCUACAGUGAUAAGGAGAAGUCUUCUCAGGCGGAGAAGGGAGACGGUGAGGAGGAGGAACCCCAAGAUCAACCAGAGGAGGACCCAGAUGACUUCCUAGAGCAGUUGGAAUCUACCGAGGUCAAGGCGAUCGAGAAAGAGAAGGUACAGAAGAAGGGCCAGUUUGCCAUUACCACACUUAACCCCGGGCAAAAGAGGUCGCGGAACCAAAUAUUAGCCGAGAUGAAAGCCGCGAGAGCGGCGGCGGCGAAAGCGAAGGAGGAAUCCAGCUUGGGAUCCAAGUUCAAAAGAAUUGGGGAAAAGAAGACACCCGGGACCAGGAUAGAGAGGGACAGCAGAGGCCGUGAGGUUAUGAUUAUUGUAGACGAAGACGGGCACGAAAGGCGGAAAGUGAGGAAAGUGGACCCUAAGGCAGAGGAGGAGCUGGAGAAGGAACGGGAGCUCCUGGCCUCGAGCAAGGUGCUCGGCAUGGAAGUGCCCGAGUUCUACAGGAAACAAUUGGAGGCGCAGCAAGCGGAGGAGGACAGCAAGGAGAUAAGCAUUUUCGACGACGCCGGUUCCGACUACGACCCAUUAGCCGGCUUAGAGGAAUCCGACGGGUCUUCAGAUGAAGAGGGUGAGGCCAAGGAGGAAGCGGAAGCAAAGGCAACAACAGAUAUGCCUCCGCCACCAAAACCCAACGCCCCAGCCGCGAGGAACUACUUCAAAGACUCCAAGACGGCGCUCACGUCAGAAGACAAGUACAAAGCGCCAUCGCUCGAUGACCCUACUUUCAUGGCAGCCCUCAAGAAGGCAAAGGCGGCCAGCGCCAUGGAGAAGUCGGAAGAGGAGAAGAAGGCUGCUGAGAGGGAGGAGCGCCUCAAGAAGAAGCUCCUGGAGUCAAAUCGCGACGAUGAAGACAUGGACCUGGGCUUUGGCUCGAGCCGAGUGGAGGACGAAGCGGACGCAGAUGAGACCAAGGUCAAGUUAUCCGCUUGGGGUGGCCGCGACGAGGAAAAAGGGGGCGGUGGUGAAGGCGGUGGAAAGUCGCAGCGGAAGAGAGAAAAACAACCCGGAACGCCGCCUCCAUCCUCACCGCCCUCCAAAAAAUCCACCACCAUCCCCGUCUACAACGGCGAGUCCCACGACAUCGUCCGCCCCCCCUUCCGCGCCCCGACCACCAUCCACGGCGAGACGGGCCUCGACGGCAGCGAGCUCCUCCCGGAACCCACCGUGCCGGCGCUGACCUCCCCGCCAGCCAUCAACGCCACCCUACGCCGCGCUGGGCGACUGCGACCCCAGCAACGCCGUGGGGCCGUCGCCACGGGCGCCUUCACCAAUGCGGCCGCGCUUGACGUUUUCGGUAUCACCGAGGGCCCGCCGUUGCACGACCCCCUCGCGGUGGCGGCCGUCCUGACCGGUGUCGGUGACCAGCACGAGAUCCCCUUCUGCGACUGCGACCCGGCCGGCGAGCCCGGGCUGGCGCAGAGGGAGCGGUUCGAGGUGACGGUGGUCACCGAGGGCACCUACGAAGACGCCGACGCCGGGGCUAAGACGGGCCAGAUCACGGCCAGGCUGCUCCCGCCGGGUGAGGAGGGCGUGAGGAUCCCGCGCAGCUUGGACGUUCCGCUGUUCUGGAAGGUCCUGGAGGAAUGUGUCCAGAGGGCGGAUGCUGCUAACGCCGCUGCUGCCGCUGCUUCUGCGCUGGCGAACUGA